CAGGGUGGUAGUGGCCCCCAGGUGAGGUUGUGGCGAGUGCCAAUGGACUCCACCGCCUGCCUGAAGUCCUUGCUCCUGACCAUCAGUCAGUAUAAAGCCGUUAAGUCGGAGGCGAAUGCUACCCAGCUUUUGCGGCACUUGGAGGUAAUUUCUGGGCAGAAGCUCACACGAUUGUUUACACCAAAUCAGAUACUACCAAGUGAAUGCUUGAGCUGCCUUGUGGAGCUACUUGAAGACCCAAGCAUAAGUGCACCACUGGUCUUAAGUAUCAUCAGCUUGCUGUCUCAACUAGCUGUAGACAAUGAAACCAGAGACUGUCUUCAGAACACAUACAACCUGAAUAGCGUGCUGGCAGGAAUGGUUUGUCGGGGCAGCACUUGCCAUGGUGAUUCAGUGUUUUUGCAGUGCAUUCAACUUCUACAAAGAUUAACAUAUAACAUCAAAAUUCUCCAUUCUGGUGCCAAUAUAGAUGAGUUAAUUACAUUCCUGAUAGAUCAUAUUCAGUCUCCUGAAGAUGAGUUAACAAUGCCUUGUCUAGGAUUAUUGGCAAAUCUUUGUCGACACAAUCUUUCUGUUCAAACAUACAUAAAGACUUUGAAUAAUGUGAAAUCUUUUUAUCGAACUCUUAUAAGCUUCCUGGCCCAUAGUAGUUUAACUGUGGUUGUGUUUGCACUUUCAAUAUUGUCCAGUUUGACAUUAAAUGAAGAGGUUGGGGAAAAGCUGUUCCAUGCUCGAAACAUUCAUCAGACUUUUCAGCUAAUAUUUAAUAUUCUCAUAAACGGUGAUGGCACACUUACUAGGAAGUAUUCAGUUGAUCUAUUGAUGGAUCUCCUUAAGAAUCCCAAAAUUGCUGAUUAUCUUACCAGGUAUGAGCACUUUUCUUCAUGUCUCAAUCAAGUAUUAGGUCUUCUUAAUGGAAAGGAUCCUGAUUCUUCUUCAAAGGUUUUAGAAUUACUUCUUGCCUUCUGUUCAGUGACUCAGCUGCGCCAUGUGCUCACUCAGAUGAUAUUUGAGCAGUCUCCAUCUGGCAACACCAUUCUGGGAAGCCGUUCUAAAUGUUUAGAACCUACUGUGGCUCUACUUCGUUGGUCAAGCCAACCUCUGGACGGAUCAGAAAACUGUUCUAUUUUAGCUUUGGACUUGUUCAAGGAAAUAUUUGAGGAUGUUGUAGAUACUGCUAACUGCUCCUCAGCUGACCGAUUUGUGACCCUUCUGCUGCCUACAAUCCUUGAUCAACUUCAAUUCACAGAACAAAAUCUAAAUGAAGCUUUACUAAGAAAAAAAUGCGAAAGGAUGGUCAAGGCCACUGAAGUUUUGUUAACUCUGUGUGGAGAUGAUACUCUAAAAAUGCAUGUUGCAAAAAUUCUGACUACUGUCAAAUGUACCACUCUGAUAGAACAACAAUUUACAUAUGGCAAGAUUGAUCUGGGGUUUGGAACAAAGGUAGCAGAUUCUGAUUUGUGCAAACUUGCUGCUGAUGUAGUUUUGAAAACUCUUGAUUUGAUGAACAAGCUUAAACCAUUGGUUCCUGGCAUGGAAGUAAGCUUCUACAAAAUCCUGCAGGAUCCACGCCUGAUUACACCCUUGGCUUUUGCUUUAACAUCAGAUAAUAGAGAACAAGUACAGUGUGGAUUGGGAAUACUAUUGGAAGCUGCUCCACUGCCAGAUUUUCCUGCCUUAGUACUUGGAGAAAGCAUAGCAGCAAACAAUGCCUAUAGACAACAGGAAACAGAACACAUGCCCAGGAGAAUGCCCUUGCAAUCAUUAAAUCACAGUGUUCCAAGAUCGGUAAAAUGUUUAACUCCUCCACUUUUGAAAGCUAGAGUUCCUGGAUUGAACAUUGAGGAAUUAAUAGAGAAACUACAGGCUGGAAUGGUGGUAAAGGAUCAGAUUAAUGAUGUGAGAAUAUCUGACAUAAUGGAUGUAUAUGAAAUGAAACUGUCCACAUUAGCUUCCAAAGAAAGUAGGCUACAAGAUCUUUUGGAAGCAAAAGCUCUAGCCUUGGCCCAGGCUGAUCGGCUGAUUGCUCAGUACCGCUGCCAAAGAACUCAAGCUGAGACCGAGGCACGGACACUUGCUGGUAUGUUGAGAGAAGUUGAGAGAAAAAAUGAAGAGCUUGGUGUGUUGCUGAAGGCACAACAGGUUGAAUCAGAAAGAGCCCAGAGUGAUAUUGAGCAUCUCUUCCAACAUAAUAGAAAAUUAGAGUCUGUGGCUGAAGAACAUGAAAUACUCACAAAAUCCUACAUGGAACUUGUUCAGAGGAAUGAAACCACCGAAAAGAAGAAUAAAGAUUUACAGAUCACAUGUGAUUCUCUAAAUAAACAAAUUGAAACAGUGAAAAAGUUGAAUGAGUCAUUCAAGCAACAAAAUGAAAAGACUAUUGCCCAAUUAAUAGAGAAAGAAGAACAGAGAAAAGAAGUACAGAACCAACUAGUAGACAGAGAAUGUAAGCUAGCAAAUAUGCAACAAAAAACAAAAGUACAAGAAGAAAAGAUUAAAGUUUUGCAAAAAGAAAGGGAAGAUAAGGAAGAAACCAUUGAUAUCCUUAGAAAAGAAUUAAACAGAACAGAACAGAUAAGAAAAGAAUUGAGCAUUAAGGCUUCCUCCCUAGAGGUUCAAAAGGCCCAAUUAGAAGGUCGUUUGGAAGAGAAGGAGUCGCUGGUGAAACUUCAGCAAGAGGAGUUGAACAAACACUCUCAUAUGAUCGCAAUGAUCCACAGUUUAAGUGGUGGGAAAAUAAGUCCAGAAACUGUGAAUCUCAGCAUAUAGAAGUUAUGUAUUUAUCUUCCUGGGGAGGUAUGGUAGAAAAGGUAAUUUGUGACCCCAGAACAGUAGUAGAUUAUUGUCUAAUUAUUAAUUUAGUAAAGAACGUGAUCUGAUAAAUAUUUUUAUUUGGUCUUAAAAGUUUUACUUUCUGUUUCUGGCUUUUAUUGCUUAAAGCUAUCUUUCAUUCUUAUAUUAGAAUAUUUUUCUUGACCUCCAUUAUUGUUUUUGUAAA